AUGUCUGGAUUCUUCAAAAGAAGUUCCAAAGAUCGAAAAGACAAAGCGUCGGUGAGCCGAGUCUCUUCCACCUCAUCCACAGUAUCCAUGAAUGCUGGCUUAGGAUCCAGUCGAUUGUCAAAUUCGCUGAAUGCUCCCACCAAGGUCAUUCAGGCAAUGAGUUCUUACGUGGCCCAGGUGCCUGGUGAACUUAGCUUUAAAUCUGGCGACUUUUUUUACGUGAAUCAGCAAGUUGAUCACAACGAUAUUUACGUUGAAGCACAUGAUCCCGUGAGGAACAUAAAGGGUAGAGUGCCUGCGUCACACUUCAAAUUUUUUGACAAAACGCACAAGCCGACUGGCGAGAGUCCUUCCUCUAGUGCCAGUGCAAGCCCUAUGGUUUCUGGAAACAACUUCUCGCCCACAACUAGCGUCAAGAAAAAGGUCUCUCCUCAGCCAUCGCUUUAUGGAAGAUUACUGUACGACUUCAAAGCCGAAAGACAAGAUGAGCUUGACGUGUCAGCAGGAGACAGUAUUAUCAUUUGUGCUCACCACGAGUAUGAAUGGUUUAUAGGAAAGUUCUUUGACAAAAUAGGCGAGCCCGGACUUGUUCCCGUCAGCUACGUCCAACUUUUCGAUAUCACAUCCAAAGUACCGUAUUCGGGUUCAGCAAAAGACAUAAUCGACAGAGAAAGAAUACCCACAAUUGAGGAAUGGAAAGCAAUUAAGAACCGCCACAAAGCAAGCGCAAGAUCAGUCGGAAUGGCUGCUCAGCGAACAGAGCUAUCCAGGGCAUCUUCCACUAACAGAAGCCGAGCCACGGAGUCAACCCCUGCUUAUGCGAUCGACGUAAACAUAGAAUCGUUUUCUUGCACUAAUGGAAAAUACUGGUACCUAGUCAGAGUGAUUUUCAAUAAUGGCGCUGUUAGAAGCUUGUGUCGCUACUACGAGGACUUCUUCAAUUUCCAUCAAAAUGUCCUCAGUACAUGGCCUAAGGAGGGAGGAAAAUUUGACACGAAAGACAAGAGAGAUAGAAUCAUCCCAUUUAUUCCUGGUCCUUUGAUGGAAGUCAGUGAGAGCCUUUGUCACAAGCGCCUUGUUGAUUUGGAUGUUUACCUGAAAGGAUUGAUCCAACUUCCGGACUAUAUCUCUAAGAGUGUGCUAGUGAAUUCUUUCUUCGAAAUACUUGAUGGCGAUCAGGAAUUUAACAACACCGAAGGAAUUCAGAAAAUACCGAUUCAGCCCUUGAGAAGUCCUCCUAACAUGAUAAUACUCAAUAAGACCGAUUCUUCAGAAGGCCAUCCUCAUCAUAGUACAAGAAACUCACAAUAUCAACAAGACAGAUUGUCACACUACGAAAGAACGAAUUCAAAUAAUCGCUCAAACAGCAUACAAAUGCAGCAGCAGCAACAACAGCGACGGAUGUCCUCAGUAUCAUCUUCGUCUUCAUCUAUGAGAGUAAUUUCGAAUCCUGCAAAUAAUGGCAUUCAUUACAUCUCGAAUGGCAGUUUAAAUACCCCAAGCGAGCAAGCGUCAGACUCUGUUAACAAAAUCAAACUGAAGUUUUACUACAAAGACGACAUUUUUGCAAUCGUGGUCCCCGAAAACAUAGCUUUGACAAAUCUCCGGAAACUCAUCGUUCCAAGAAUUGACGAGUUCAAUGAGCCCAAUGCGGAUCAGAAAUUGAAGCUCGUUCCCAAAAACACAAAUAAUGCGAACCAGUCAGGGUUCCAUCCAGAAGACGUGAUCUCUUCGGACUCUGAACUAUGGAGCUCACCAAACUUUUGUGACAAGGGCAAAUUUUUGGUCGUUCUUUAA